UGUAAUUUGUUUGACGUUUCCUAAGAGAGCUGCACAAUACCUGGGUUGAGGAAAUUGUUUGCCGUGGCAUAUGUUCAGUGAGGUUGGGCUUGCCAGAGGAUUUAAUUUAUAGCGUAGACAUAAAAAGUGUUCCGCCUUUUACUUGUUACAUUCUGGUUCUCCGAGUGUCGUGCCCCAUUCAGCAAUAAUCUCCAGGAAGUAAAAGAUGCUUGUGAAACACCCAUCCUGGUAGAACAACUGAACUAAAAGUUACUGAGCAGAAGAAGAAGAACAGAAGAGCAGGUAGAAUGCUGGAUAAAUAUUGGUAGAUGCUGGUGCAUUAGUCCUGAAUAAAAGCUUUCCCAUAUCUGAAUGGUGGACUGAAGGAGGUUUGAGAAAUGCUACAGUGAUCAGCUUUUCAGCCAAUCGGUGUUACUCUGCCUACAGCUUGAACUGCCGCAGGUUAGCUGGUGUCCUUUCUGAUAAGCUUCCGUAUAUCUUUCACUUCACUGGAAUAAAAACAUGCGAGUAGCAGGUGUGCUGAGGAUCGUGGUGAUGGUGUUUACCUUAGCUGCAACCUGGCUUUUUGCCAGCACCUAUUUGAAGAACACAAGCACGCAUUCAAUCAGUGUGAAGACGUGGCUGAGGUCCCACACUAACUCAAGUACAAAACCACCAUUAGCACAAAAUAAGUGCAAUAAGAGAAGACCUUGUCCAGAACAUACUUUUUCAUUCAAAAUCAUCAGUGGUGCAGCAAAUGUGGUUGGUCCUUCCAUUUGCUUCGAUGGCAAUAUGAUAAUGAGCAAUGUGAAAAAUAAUGUUGGUCGAGGUUUGAACAUUGCGCUUAUUAAUGGAAUUACAGGACAACUCAUCAAAAUAGAUAGCUUUGAUAUGUAUUCUGGAGAUAUUGAAAAUUUGCUAAAUUUUUUGAAAGGAAUUAGCAAAGGCACCCUUGUGCUCCUUGCCUCUUAUGAUGAUCCAGCAACAAAGCUAAAUGAUGAAGCCCGGAAGAUAUUUUCUGACUUAGGGAGCAAAUAUGCUUCCCAGAUAGGUUUUCGAGACAACUGGAUAUUCCUUGGCGGGAGCGGACUCAAAAACAAAAGUCCAUUUGAACAGCAUUUGGAAAACAAUAAGGAGACAAACAAGUAUGACGGAUGGCCCGAAGUUCUGGAAAUGGAGGGCUGUGUCCCUAAGAAGAUAGAAUAGCAUAAAACGAAUUUUGGCACAAGAAUGAACUGUGGUCUUAUCAAACAGAUUUUUUUUUUGUACUUUGCCUAACAAUCUGAGAUAGUGAAUUUGAAAUGACUCAAGUCUUCAAUCCUUGAGGUUUUGAACUCAGAGUUCAUAUCAACCUGCUGGUCUCAAAUGAGGUAACAAAAAAAGGCCAGUUUUUCUAUGAGUAGGAGCCGUUUCACUACUAUUCUGACAUAUAAGUAACGAGUUCAGAAGAACUACAGGCCUAUACUUCCAGGUGAACUAAUGGUUUGGAAAGUCCUAUGAUCAUUCUAGACUUCACAAAUACAAGAGCGAAUCCUUCAAAAAGAGCUUUUUGAGGUGAAGAUAUACCGUAUGUAACAUAGGACAGUGAUGGACAUUAUUUCAUUCUUGGGAGCCACAUUUAAUAUUUCAGCUAAAGUAAUGACUGGCAGGCCCAGGAAUUUGGGUGUGGAUGUUGAAAUUGGACAAAGCACAGUUUUUGGAUUUAUAUUUGGUUUGGUUUGUAUUGUUUGAAUUCUUUUUUAAUCUUCCAUUGUAGUUUUGUUGUGUUUUUGUGCUUCAAAAUAGCAUGAAGCCGAGCUUCCAAUUUUGAAUAUACCAUCCUGGCCACCAGGAUUAUAAUGAAAUUAAAACUUGCUGUUUAUAUAAAUGCCACCACUAGCUCUGAAAAUCAAUUGGAUAAACAUCUGGGAAUAUCUAAUUGAUGAAGAUUGUUACUGAAUUAAAUUGCAAAAUAAUGCUGGUAUGAUACAAAAUGACAUCAUUCAUAUUCAUUUAUGACAUUUGGUGUGAUGGCAUACUGUAAUUAGGAAAGUAAUGUCAUUAUGUGAAUAAGUACAUUGAUGCGAAUCAUGUCAAUUACAGUA